AUGUCCCUGAAACGACUCACUCAGGCUGCUUUAUCCCGGAGCUCUGCAUCAAGGAUGCUGGACCCGGCUGCUAUCUCCGGCCUCUUCGUGGGGCUUGUUCUCGGUGUUCCUGUUGCCGUAUAUGCUCUGUUUCUUGGGUUGAGCUCGAUACCAUUCUUUCAGCGCCAGCGCUCGAAAGAGAACCAACCAGCCCCAACGAUACGGCUUCGCAAGUCAGUCUCCUGCCCACUUUCUCAUGAACCUCAUCACACUGACCAUCCCCCAGAAAACCAAGCAACCCCCUUCCUCCUCGGCACCCCUGACAACGAGUCCCUCUACGCCUGGCACGUCCUCCCCCUAACCCUCUACAGCAAACAUUCCCCCACCCUUAUCUCGCGCCCCGACGAGGGCACAUGCCACAAAGACUUCACCGAAACCCUGCAGUACGACCUCCUCCUCAACGACCCCGACGUCAAAGUGGUCGUAUCCUUCCACGGCAACGCCGGCCACCUCCUCCAAUCCCACCGCCCCCGAGUCUACCACACCCUUUCUCUCAAUCACCACCUCUUCACCCUCUCCUACCGUGGCUUCGGCCUCUCCACCGGCUCCCCCACCGAAGACGGCCUCAAAACCGACGCCAUCUCCCUUCUCAACUUCCUCCUCAACGAAUGCCGCGUCCCACCUCAGCGCAUCGCUUUACUCGGGCAAUCCCUCGGCACGGCUGUCGUCGCCGCAGUGACGCAUCAUUUUGCUGUUAACCACCAAAUCGACUUUGCUGGCUCGGUUAUUGUCGCUGGAUUUAGCUCGUUGCCCUCUAUGCUGAGCGGGUAUCGCAUCGCGGGCUUCAUCCCCGUGUUGAGGCCGCUGUCUUGGUGGCCUUGGUUGUUGAGGGUGGUGAUGGGUAGGGUGGUGGAUAAGUGGGAUAGUGCCGCUCGCUGGCAGGAAACCACGCGUGAGGUGAAGGGAAGGGGGGGUAGGUUGAGGUUGGAGAUGGUGCAUGCGAAGAAUGAUUGGGAUAUUCCUGCGGAUGAGGAUGACAAGGUGUUUAGGGCUGCGGUGGGGGGGCUGGUGGGGGAUAAGUUGACGGAGGGUGAUAUUGACAGGUUGAAGGGGGAGAGGGUGGUGGGGGAUGAGAAUCAGGGGUUUGUGGCCGAGUGGAUGGAGCAGGGGGUGGUGGUAAGGCAGGAGUUGGUUCCUUUUGGAGGACACAACGAUGUCACGUUUUAUGCGCCAACGCUGUUGGCUAUCAUGAGGUCAUUUGAAGGGGUGGAAGAGUGA